GACCAAUCACGAGACCUCACUUUCCAGUGACUCUUAAAACACACAGCUAAGAACAGCGUUUCUCACUUCAAUGGCGAAGACCUUCAAGUACGUCAUCCUCGGAGGAGGAGUUUCCGCUGGUUAUGCAGCAAGGGAGUUUGCUAAACAGGGAGUUAAGCCAGGGGAGCUGGCAAUCAUAUCCAAAGAAGCGGUAGCACCGUAUGAACGUCCUGCUCUAAGCAAGGCUUACCUUUUCCCAGAGUCCCCUGCUAGACUUCCUGGGUUCAAUGUCUGUGUUGGAAGUGGGGGAGAAAGAUUGCUUCUUGAGUGGUACAAAGAGAAAGGGAUAGAAUUAAUUCUUAGUACAGAAAUAGUAAAAGCAGACCUUGCUUCAAAAUCCUUGACCAGCGCAGGAGGAGAGACAUUCAAUUACCAGAUUUUGAUUAUUGCAACAGGCUCAACAGUUAUAAGGCUGACAGAUUUUGGUGUUGAAGGAGCUAAUGCUAAAAACAUCUUUUAUUUGAGGGAGGUGGAUGAUGCUGACAAAUUGUACGAGGCUAUCAAAUCAAAGAAGAAUGGAAAAGCUGUGGUUGUUGGGGGAGGAUACAUUGGUCUGGAGCUUAGUGCAGUGUUAAGACUAAACAAUAUUGAUGUUACCAUGGUCUACCCAGAGCCUUGGUGUAUGCCAAGACUUUUUACAUCUGGUAUAGCUGCAUUCUAUGAGGGAUAUUAUGCAAAUAAGGGGGUCAAUAUCAUCAAAGGAACUGUUGCUGUUGGAUUUACUGCUAAUUCUGAUGGAGAGGUAAAAGAAGUAAAACUAAAGGAUGGCAGGGUCCUGAAUGCUGAUAUUGUUGUUGUUGGGGUUGGAGGAAGGCCUCAAACAUCCUUAUUCAAAGGGCAGGUUGAAGAGGAGAAAGGUGGAAUCAAGACUGAUUCCUUCUUCAAAACAAAUGUUUCUGAUGUAUAUGCUGUUGGUGAUGUUGCUACUUUCCCUUUGAAAUUGUACGGUGAGUUGAGAAGAGUUGAGCAUGUUGAUCAUUCUCGCAAAUCAGCUGAGCAGGCUGUAAAGGCCAUCAAGGCAGCCGAAGAUGGAAAAACAGUUGAGGAGUAUGAUUACCUUCCAUACUUCUAUUCCCGUUCAUUUGAUCUGUCUUGGCAAUUCUAUGGCGACAAUGUUGGUGACACAGUGCUAUUCGGAGACAACAAUCCGGAGUCAUCAAAGCCCAAGUUUGGGACAUACUGGAUUAAAGAUGGGAAAGUUGUCGGGGCCUUUCUGGAGAGUGGAACUCCUGAGGAGAACAAGGCUAUUGCCAAAGUUGCAAAGGUCCAGCCUCCGGUGGAGGAUGUGGAUCAACUUGCAAAGGAAGGUCUUUCCUUUGCUAGUAAAAUAUAAUUGUAUCCUUAGAAUUUGGGAAGGGUAAAAAUGCUUGGUGAUUGCACAGAAUUACUGGCUUCAUUUUACUCUGGGUUAUGCCAGAAGGAACCUUACUUUAUGCUUUUUUAUUUGAUGUGGUUGGAAGGGAUACGCUUUACUGUGUACACUCCAUUUCUCUUGCCAGUUUUUUGGUUGUUUACAAACUUGAUGUGCGCAUCUUUUUGCAUGGCAGGCCAAAAAAAAAAAACACUUAGAAAUAAGAUUUACAUGGUAUUUGGUUUGCAUUUUUGUU